AUGAAGAAGCAUCCACACAUCCUCGCGUGCGUCCUACUCCUGCUGCCUCUGACACUGCUGGGUCUGAACCUGCAGGAGGACGACCUGGUCUUUGACGACGUCAGCGAGGACAAUGACAAUGACAAUGUGCCCGUUGGACCCGCCCUGAUAAAUCAUCGCACGAGUCGUGGUCGAUCUGAAUCGUCAUCAAGGAGACACGCCUCUCGGAUGGUCGAGAAAGCAUGGGGCAUGCCGGACGCUAUCGUCCCGAUUGGCCAUGUUUUCAAGAUGAAAAUACCGCGUCAGGCCUUUUCGGGGAAUGUGGAUUUUUACGAGGUUCGCGAAACUAUUGAUCGCGAUCGUUUCCCACGAUGGAUGUACUGGGACGACGCGGCGUUCACUCUUUUGGGUGUGCCAUCGAAAAAAGACAUGGGUAAUUAUCACUUAACUGUCACCGCAGUCGGUAAGCACGGUGACACCGCUAAGGAUCAAUUCGUCGUGCAGGUUGUGCCCGAGAAACAAGAGGAAAUCAAACAUAAGGACGGCAAGACGCAUUGCGACGAUGGGGAGGAACAGAUGAUACUCACGAUUUUGUUGGAUGCGCGACUGGAACAACUGUCGCCUACCGUCAGGGUGACCGCCAUCGAAAAUCUUGCCGGAUUUCUGGCAAUGCAUACGAGUGCAUUCUCGAUGCAUUCACAAAGUGUUAAAGACGCUAUGGCACUAGAUUCUUCCGUUAUCCUUACCGGACCUGGAAACGUUAGGCAUCAUAAAUAUAAAGAGAAUCAUCUAACUACUAUCCAAUGGCAGGUUGGUUGUGAUGGUCACUUAUGGAAACAUCAAACGCAGUUGAUGAAACAAUUGCGGAAGCAAGCAAAGGACGGUACUUUAGCGGAAGUUCUGCAGUUGCCCGUGCUAUUAUGGCGCGUGAGAACGGACUCGAGUCUCUUCUUGAGAAACAGACGAGAGGCCGGCUCCGGCGAUUACGGCAACUCAGAUGAUUACGGUUACGAUGACGAUUACGAUGGUGAUUACGACGAGGAUGAUGAAGACGGCGAAACUGACAACGAAGACACGCCGACUGAACACCCGCACAGGCAUCAUCAUGGCGAAGAGACGAUCGAUUGGAAGCACGAAAACUUUGAUGAGGAAGAUAUAGUACCAAGAAUGAGACAAAGCGAACUGGAGAAUGGAACUACUACGACAACAACCACUGAACUUACAUCAUCACCAUCAACUACAACUGCAACCAUCUCCACCACCACGCCGACAACUACAACCACCACCCAAGUCGCAACGACCGUAACUACUACUCCUAGUAGCACCAUAACGACUACUACCACAUCAGCCGAUGUAACAGCAACAGCUAGAAUCUCGACCGCUAUAGCUCCAUCAGAGUCUCCGAGAUCGGAGGUCACGGAUGAGGAAUCGUCGGCGGAGAAAACGAAACACGUGGAUAUCUUGGAAUCCUUGGAAUCCUUGGAAUCGGUUACCGUUUUACCAACUGCUCCUGCGGACACCACCACGACUCCUCUUUCCAUAACUACCCUAUUGUCUUAUAGCACAUCGGCCACCCAAACUAGCGUCUCCGACAGAAUUGAAACGGAAGUCAUCGAUGUUAUUAGUAACGUUACGAUGGAAGAGCCGGAGCAAACUACGAUUUCGAUGAGAGAACCGACCAUUAUACCGUCGACAUCGAUUGACGUUAGCGUCAUCAAUACUUCACCUGCAAUUGUGACGAAUGUUAGUAUCGCCUCUACUAGUCCUACGAUUCUCGUAACGAAUGCCACAACUACAAGCGCGAUACCAUCAACAUCGGAGCUUCAGACGACGUUGAGCACGACACCGUCCACUACCACCACCACUACAACUACCACUACUGCGGCUCCUACAACCACCACGACAACGACAACUACAACGGUUCGAGUUACCACGGAAGGAAUUGAGUACGGUCAAGCUAAUUUUCCGCCGAGACGUGAUAGGAUAUUAAAGAAGAUACCGGUAACCGCCGGCAAACCAUUGAGUUACGUCAUACCGGCUAACACCUUCAACGAUUUGGAGGAUGGCGACACGAGGAAGUUGAAAUUGAGCUUGUACUGGCAAGGAGUAUCGCUCAAACCAACCCAUUGGCUCCAGUUCAAUCAACAUACGCAGGAAGUUUACGGACUGCCUCUUGAAAACGAUAUAUCAACGUGGAACUAUGAACUGGUUGCCACAGACAGCGAAGGUGCUAAUGUCUCCGACAAUCUCGACAUUCAUGUUCAACAGCACAAACUGAGUCGUAGCGUCAAUCACGAAUUCAACAUUUACUUGAGAAUUGAUAAACGUAACGAAUUCCCGACAGACGUUGACUGGGAACUUAAGGUGAUUCGAAGCUUGGCUAAACUUUACGGAGACAGCGACAUACAACACAUCACGGUUCGUCGCAUUAAUAUUGAUCGUGAACAAGUCAUUUUCACGUGGACUAACGAUAGUCUUCCAAGGAGCAGCGAAUGUCCACGAGAACAUAUAAAUAGAUUAUUACGCGUGCUCGUCGACAGUAACGAAGAUCCGUCAUCUUCUCUAAUAGCAGUUCUCGCUCCGGAAAUCAGGGUCAAGCGUGUCGUGUUUAAAGGUAUUGGGCAAUGUGAGGAUAUGAAUCCGCCCAUUGUACCAAAAGUUUCUACCGAAAAGCCAAAGGAGAAUCGUCCACCGGUGCCGAGAAAUCAAGUUGAUCACGUUAAUGCGACAGUUGGGCAAUUGCUUGUGUUUAAAGUGCCAGAAGAUACAUUCUUUGAUGUUGAGGACGGUUCGUCGCGAAAUAUGAAGAUGUCACUUUUGACAGUUGAUCGAAUAUCUAUUCCACCUCACGAGUGGCUGCAAUUUGAUAGCAAAAAUCAAGAAUUUUACGGCGUGCCAAUGCGUACCGACGAGGGUCGCAAACAAUAUCAGUUGGUUGUCAUCGACAAAGAAGGUUUAAGCGCUACAGAUGGAUUGAUUGUUGUCGUUCAUCCAGCACCAUCCAUGUCACAUACGGUGGAGUUUUCUAUGACGCUGGAUAUUCCUUACGAUUCUUUCGCGCACUCCGCGCUCCAGAAACGCAAUUUUAUUGAAAAAUUGCGAGAUCUUUAUGGAGACAAAGACACGAGUGCUAUUUCACUGCACAAUAUCUCGAAUGGUAGUACCGUCAUCACGUGGCAUAAUAGAACUCUACCUACAUCAUAUUGCGCCCACGAGGAGGUCAACAGGCUACGUUCUGUGCUCGUGAAAAGUGACAAUGAUCGUCGUUCUGUGACGGACGAAGUGUUGGACGUGAUGGGUUCCAAAUUCCCCGUGAAACAGAUCACAGUGAUCCCAAUGGGAAUCUGCCUCGGCGAAUUAACUGAUAUUCAUUCGCCGGAUAGUCACGUUCCACCAGUAGACGACUCCACGUCCGUUGGUGCGUUCCAUGACGAUUAUCUUCUAACCUUUGUCCUCCCGGCGGUUAUCAUCGCCGCUAUGCUCAUCUUAGCGGGCAUCAUCGCGUGCGUAUUAUAUAGACGAAGACGCAGCGGAAAAAUGAGCGUUAGUGAGCAAGAUGACGAGCGACAGAGUUUUAGAAGCAAAGGAAUUCCUGUGAUUUUCCAGGACGAAUUGGACGAAAAGCCGGAUCCUGGCAAUAAAUCACCUGUCAUUCUGAAGGAAGAAAAACCGCCUCUCCCACCGCCUGAAUAUCAGAAAACCGAAGAUGGGGCCGAUGUGCCGAUGCUAUCGAAGGAAAACUCCGAAGAACCGUACCAACCACCGCCACCGUUCGCGACAAAUCGCGAAACCAAUCGGCAAAAUCGCAAGCCUACCCCGACGUACAGAAAACCGCCCCCUUACGUGCCUCCCUAACAAAAUACGGUACACUCGCCUACGCGCAAAUAUAUGCUAGCAAUGCUCGGAGACUCACCGAUACAUAAACAAAACCAAAUCAAUUAUAAAAAGCAAUUUCAAAUCGGCGACGAUGACAAUGACGAUCGUGGGGCUCUGAACGUUUAUAGCGACGUUUGAAAGAGAGCCCUUCCAUUCACCAGGUAUGACAAUAUACUACUAUUUGCUGGAUGUGAAUGGAAGAUUCUCCCGCGAGAACUUUCUAUACAAACCUACAUGUUUUUACUUAUUUUAUAUACGUAUGUACAACCAACGGCACGUCUCACCAUCGAUUUAUCGGUAAUGCGUUCGAAAAAAAACUCGUCAGACGCAAUGUACGAUUAACGUACGAUUGACACACUUUCUCUCUCGAUUGUCUAUAUUUCACGCGGAAGAAAAAGAAAAGAUUUUCUAGGAAGUGUGUAUGGGAAUACAAAUCACGUGUUGCCUUUCGUAAAGAAUUCAAUUGUAGAGAAGGAUCCACUGCUCCAAACUCGAUAUUUAGUUUAGAUCAUUGUAGGACCGAGACAGCGCGAUAGGGUAAAUGUACUUUAUUCAAUUCUAUAGCAUUCGAAACAGCAACGAUACUCAUAAAUGUUUCAAUAAUCAGUGCCAUUUAUUAAGCAAUAAGGGUAUCCGAGACACGUAACAACAUGUAUGUAUAAUUGCUACAAUCCUACGGAUUUAUUGUAAUUACUACUUAUAGAGAGAGUCUCCAGGUAUCAAGAACGAUUGACUUAACGAAAUACUUUGUAUUAUGCACUUACAUACAUGUAUAACACUGCCAGAAUGACAAAUGUACGAUAAAUCGCCAAGUGAGUUGGUUUACAGAUAUAUAUAUCUAUAUCUAUAUAGAUGUAGAUAUAUAUUCUAAUUUUUCUUUCCUAAAACCCUCUAUUUAAGAUAGUUUGUGAAGAUAUAAAACGAAACGGAAGUAAAUGUCAUUCUCGGGUGAACUAGCUUAUUUGGCGAUCCCUAAUAUUUAAGGAAGAAAUAUCGAAGAUAACUGAAAUGUUUUUGAGACAUAAUUUAAAGGAACGAUACAUGCAAUGCCAUUGCAAAGUGACAGCAAAUGCUUCCAUUGGCGCGGUAGGCCAUGCAGAUAACUUAUCUAAGGUAAGACAAAAAACUAAUGAUAAUAUAUAUACAAUAUAAAUAUAUAUAAAUAUGUAUAUUACUAUAGCUAUUUGCCGUUCGAUAGACGACAGUCUGCAGUUAUUUAGAACAGUGUAAUUUAAAUACUGCCAGACCAAUCAAGUUAUUAGCAUUUACAUUUCACUAUGAGAAGAAACGCCUUUCUGUUUUACGCACAAUUUGACGCUUUGUAGCUUUUAUAAUUCAAUAACUGCAAUAAAUUUUUUAUUUUUUUGCAUUAUUUACAGGCGCGUAUGAGUUAGCAUCGAAGAGUUAACUCAGGACAAAAAAUGUUGAUGCGCACGUACAUAAAGAUGAGACUAUUUAAUUUAGAUUUUAUAUAGUUACCAAGCCAAAAAAAUAAUUAAUAUUUAGAAAGAGAGAAAGAAAGAAAGAGAGAGAAGAGGAUAAGGCAAUAAGGGCGCAUUUGUAAUUGUGAGAAAACGUGGCUCGCACUCUUUAAGGCGCAUUUUUUUAUAAUGGUUUUUGUAAUUUUUUAACUACUGUGUUACAAAACACACAUACUAUAUCAUCGUUUGUAUAUCCGGUGCGGCAAAAGAGUGCGGGGUAUAAGUAUGUAUGUAUGUUGUUUCUUCAAUACUUCGAUAGUUUCCUGAUAUUUUUGAGAGGAAAUACGAGAAAAAAACGAAAUACGAAAAAAAAGAUCCGUGUGCGUUCUAAAUUUGAAGGUUCCAUUUGUCGAUUGCAUUUGUCAAUGGACGAUGAAUGGAUCGACGAAUUUACGAGCGCGCCUAAUAUACUGUUGGAAUGCUGAAGAUUAUACGUAUGUAAGAUGAUAAGAGAAUGUUUCGUAUGCAAGCUAUAAGAAUUAUGAUAUAAUACUAUUAAUUCAUGUCUUUGUAACGUAGAGGAUUUAAGUAUAUGACAACUCAGACAAGGGGAGUUCAUGAAGUAUGACUAAGAUUCUUUUUAUCUUUUGCGAGCAAAUAUAUCAAAAUUUGGAUCAAAUUUCUCUGUAAUUUCGAGAGAAGCGCGCUUUCUCGUUUAGCUGCGGCUUAACUGUUUUAUGCUUGCAAAAAACGAAAAGAAUUGAUGAAUUGCGUGUCAUGAACUCUACUUGUAAAUACUUUUCAUCAUUCAUCAUAUCUUGUUUAUCGCAGAAUUUUAUUUAAAAAAAUUGUCGCUUGUACGCGAUUGCUUUAUUGUGCUUGAUAUCAUGAAUUAAUAGAUAUAAGUAUGUUUUCUUAUUAUUAUUAUUAUUUUUAUAAUGUACGAAUAAAGAUCUUGUGUGUUAAAUUUGAUUAAGAGUUAAAUGUAAUCUAUGCUUAUUAUCAGGUAAGGUGUGAUUAUUUUAUAAUUGUGAUAUUUCUUUGUGCGUGGUUCUCGUUGGGAGAAUAAAUAUAAAUUCAUGCGCGAGUAUUGUAAUGCGGAUCCAACGGAUAAUAUUGUCUACAAUGUCAAUUUUUAUUAAAUCAAAAUUUGCACUUACUAUUAACACGCUGGACUUGUAUAUUUAUUGUCUCAGGCGAGAUCUCAACAAAGUAAUAGUACAUUAAAAUGAAGGAAAAGUAACGCUAUUCUCUACGGUAAUAUAAAAUAUUCGAAGAUUAAUGGACUAGAGUGGAUUUAUAAUAAUCAUUUAACACCAAGAGAAGCUAUUGCGUUUAUGAUGCAAUUUUGCGUCAUAAACGGUUGCAAAGAGCUUUAUAUUCCGUUUGUGGUCUGCGGUAAACAAGCACAACUCAUAUCAUGCUUUUAAUCAUAUCACUGCUCCCACGCGUAUCCUUUAAGCACUGCAAUUGCAUUACUGUGAAAAUGAUGAUAAUGUGUACAAGAGGCACGUACGAUAUUUAUAAGAUAGAAGACAACGUAAAAGGGGACACUUUGAAAAGAAUGCAUUUCACAAAGAGCGUAUUUGCUAACAGUGACUUUCUGGCCUGUAUGAAAAUGGAUCGAAAGUAUUUUAUAAUUGUGUAAAAAGAGAGGGUGGCAUAAAUUGUGAAGUUAAGAGUGACCGUAACUUUCGUAUUCGGCCGCUUUCUGAGAAAUCGGGCUAACGGCAGGCACAAAGUAAAAGUUCCAUUAGAGAAGAAUAAGGAAAAAGAGGGAAAAGUGCUAUCUCACAUUGCUCAUACGAACAUGUUGCACGCAUAGUCAUAUAUUUAUAUGUUAUAUUUAUAUGCAUGUAUAUACAACAUGUUUAUGGGCAAAGAUAGUUCUUAGGUACAUAUACACCUAAAAGUAGCAGAUUGACUGGAAUUUUCAGAUUAUUUUUAUUCGCUAUAUGAGCACUUCGAUAUAUACCGAGUAAAGCGCUUACGUUGAUGUAUUCGUGAAACGGAAACGCGAAGCAUCUUUUGUGUGACGUGCUUCUGCGUUAAAUAACGAAGCUGUCGACAUUUAUUUUUUAAGUUUGCAUUAAAUAACAUCUCGAAAGAGAGAGAAAGAAAACCCGCGAGAAAAGGGCAUCAAGCAUGCGUCUGAAGUCGCAUGGUAACUUCGAGACCAUAACGCUCGUCGAUGUGAAUAAAUGGGAAAAAAAGUAUCGAAUUAAUAAUAUACAUAUGCAGAUAUCUCUCUGAGAUAAGUACUACAUGCUAAACACGUGUAAAGUUAAGAGUCAAUAAAACCAUUUUAGGAUA